AUCUACCAUAACCGUCAAAGAUAUUUUGAGGUUAUAUGACCGAAAAUAUUUUUCAACGACAAAAAAACCAAAAAAAAAGUAAUGAACGAACUAAAAUAACUUUACGAAUAAGAAAGGUGACACCACGCCUCUCUUUGUAUAAGCACAAGAGGCGUAUAUUCGAAGAAAUGCAAUGAACUCAUUGCCAUAUGCUAAAGUGUCCAACUCAUUCUACAAAAGCACUCAACCAUGUACAUUUUAAGGUGUCUUUUAAUUUUUGCCUGUUUCAUUUAUAGUGUCUGCAGUGAGAACGAGGUAGUCACAAACACAUCUAAACCAGAAAAGGUAAUAAUAACUCAAGUGCAAUUCAAGAAUGUGUCCACCGAUGUUCCUUUGGUGAAGAAAUACUCGGGAAGAGAACAAGAUGUUGUUAAAGUGGUGCCUGCUAAUACCAUAGAUAAUGAUGUACCUAAUACUCUGAUCAAUUCCGUUAUUAAAGGCAAUGUGAGCAUCAAUGGAACAAUAGAAAAAUCUGAGACCAUCAAACCUGUUAAAGAAAAAACGAAUGUCCUCAGUGACACAUUACCGGUCCCCCCGGUGGAACACCAUGGAAAAAUCGUCCCAAAAAAAGGAGUAAAUCUCUCAGAGGCUCCCCCUAUACUUCCCCCGAACAUUUCAGUUUCGGUUGGUCCCCUAGUGGAUAAAAGUAACAGCAGUGCCAAAGUUAACGUGACCGAUGUGCCGAAGAAACCUUUAUUCACCGAACCGGAAGACGAUACCAACCUAAACAUAACCGACAAUAAGGAACAUGAAAAUAUUUUGACCAUCGAUCAAAUCGAUCCUGUUAUGGCCAAUAAGAAGUCCAAUCGUUCCGAUUAUGUGGUUCUUAUUGUGGCAGUCAUUCUGUCGGUGCCACUAAUUGCAUUUUUAAUGUCCAUCAUUUAUAAAAGGAGCCAGGAUUGGUGGCAGCACCGUUAUUAUAAGAGGAUGGAUUUUCUUAUUGAAGGGAUGUACCAUAACUAAUCUUAUGGCCAAACUAGCACAAACCGGUGCAUUUUUAUGCAUUUUUUUUUUUAAGUUUUUAUCAGCUGGUGGAUUACCUAAUAUUUCAAAUGCUGUUAUUAAGUGAGUGCCUUAUUGCAAUAUUAUUCUUGUGAUACUUUUAUUAAUUAACAUGUAAGUGUAUUUUUGUAAGGAGAAUGACAAUAUAAUUGUAACAUUAAUUAUAACUCCGUUGAAUAAAAAGAAUAUAAAAGUUG